UGGGUAAACGUCCCGUGUGAAUGCGUGAAUUUCUUGUGGGAAAUAAAGUUCAGACUGAGAUUGCGUUCUAAUGAAGUAAAAUUCCGGAAUAGAUGGAACUCGGACACUGCUGCUCUUUUUGGGUUGCGACGAAUGUUCACGAUGCGGUGUGACGAAAGUAUGUAGGUAUGUUACAAAGUUGGUUACGAAAGUUCACCACUCUUAUGACCAAAGUGUGGGGUGGUCCAAAUACUAUACACAAAUGGGCUAAACUCUUUCUCUCAGGCGAUCUCGACACGUUCACGGAAGAAAAUCGAGGUAUAUUUUAUGAAAAAACGAAAAUAUAAAAAACAGAAAUGAUUGCAGGAAGAAAUAUUUCUGAAGGUAGAGAAGAGACUGAUUUCACCAUGGUUUACCUAGUUUUCUCUUUAGGAACAUAAUGCAGUCAAGGUCGAUCAUUCACCUCCGGCUCGCUUCGCGGUUAAAAGAGUAUACAGCAGUUCUAUUUAUAAAAACGUUUCCCUUCUCUAAUUCUUUUCCACUCUACAUGGGAAUUACGUUCAUGUUUGCCGCAUGUGAAGAAAACAUCCACGCUUGAACUUUCAGAGAAUAUUUCUGCGUGUGAAAUAUACACAAAUACACCUGUAUUAGAGCUGCGAAAAAUAGUGAUUUUCUUUUCCUUUAUCUUUUCUGUUUUGUUUUCUUAUUCACGUUAUUUUCUGUAUAUAACUUAUUGACACGUGUGUGACUGAAGAUAUCUGCGGUUUUCUUCACAUAUUAAUGGAGGCGAAAACAGUGUCUGUUAUACAAGCCACUUAUUUCUUAAAGUGAUCUGAAGAACAAUUUUAUAUUGAAACCUUUCUGCAGUUUAUAUCUGCUUUUUAAAAGCAGAAUUAAAAUCAAAAAAGUAACUAAUUUACAGCGUAAGUAUACAGUACAAGUAUUCAUGACCUAACAUGCGCGAAAAUCCACUGAAGGAAAACGGAGUAACAAACAAAAGGAGAAACAAAAUGAUAGUAGCAUUCAGUAAGGAGCGAUUCUCAGUGAGGUGUAACUAAACAAAAGUACUCAAAGUAGUAUUUCUUGUUCUACUCAUAUUACUAUGGCUAGAAGCCUAAACCUUCAUCUAAUCAUAUUAAAGACAAGACAAAUACAUAGACAUGCAUCAUCACCGUUAACAAAUCCGAGGUAUGCUUUAAUUUACGGUAACAAUUAGAUCGAAUUUACGGUACUUUUGAUCGAAAACUUAGAAGAUUUACCUAGAAAAGAGGGCUUUAAUCAGACGCUAAAAACACAUGUCAGAUGGAUGACUUUUCCUACAAAUGUACAGAACCAGAGAAAACUGACUGUUCAUACUUAUCUUUGCUCGUUAUACUAGAAUUAGGAUCAUACUCUGCAAUUUUGCCCACAGUUUUCAUUACUAUUAGAACUGUAGUCCUAUUCGUGUGGGUGUAUGACUCAUGGGUUGAAAAAUAAUAAACCGGAUUUUUGUAGGGUUCCAUUGAGGGUUUAUCAGAGCUAAUAUGCUUUGGAGAUGUCAUUAGGUCAAACCACUUUUGAGUUCAGUAAACAUGUCAGACCAUCUAUUAUCUAUUCACUAAAAGAUACAGUUCAGAAAACUCUUCUCAGAAUGACGUUUGAUACAAAACGAUAAAGAGAUGCGAUUUUCGUCAGUUUAUAAGAAGACACUGGGAGAAAUAUAUUGGUAAAAAGAGCGCGUCCAAAUCUUGUCUGCAGGUGGUGUAUCUGAUGGGUCUUUCGUAGAGGACGCUGCCCUUUCUUAGGUUUUCAUACCAACCUAUAGUUCGAAAUAUGGAGACAUACACUGACAUCUAUGCUUCAAUCUUAGAGCAAUCUUUCUUUUUAGAAAAGUCUUCAAGAACCCAGUGGAAACUUUAAUUAUGUGAAAUACUGCAUUUCACUAUUUCCACCGAAAAUUAAAAAAUUCAUAAUUCAUCCAAAAUCGAUCCAGAGUACUUCAGAAUAUCAAGAUAUCCUCUAUUUUAUCUUUUCAACCUGGUCUGUAGUUAAGAUUGGUAAAGAAUAUUUCUUUACUUGGAAACAUUUCUAAAAAACCUUCCAAAAACUAAAGUAUUUACAAUUGGUUUUUAAACGUUUUAGUGAACACCAGGGUGUAGUGCAGAUAAAAUAAAGGUUAUCAUGAUAUUUAAGUACUCUGGAUCGAUUUCGGGUGAAGUAUGAACUUUUUAAUUUUGGGUGAAAAUAGUGAAAAUGCAUUAUUUCACAUGGUAUAAAUUUCCAGUACGUUUUUGAAGACUAUUCUAAAAAUAAAGAUUGCCCUGAUAUUUAGAAUAGUCAAAAACCUAUCGGCUUGUCCACGUAACUCGGGACUUCGCUGAUCAAGAUUUUGAAAAAAUUAUUUUGGAAUCAGGAGCAUAUCACUAGAUGCAGUUUUUGGCGCUGAUUACGAAUCCCACAUUAUUUUUUUAAAAAAGUUAAAUUUUGGUACCAGAAAUCCAGUUUUACAUUUUUUGAAAACUGUAUUUUCAAUUUCCUCACCGAGACACUUUCCUAAUAAAAAUGGAAGGCCACACUAAUCGAUAGAGAAUUCAACUCUCUACAAGAUGGUAUGUUUCUUUUGAAGUUUAGAUUCAAAACAAGCUUUUUAUUAAAGUUUUAAGUUUUAAGAUUCUCACACAAUUCCAAGAAAGUGAAAACAUUUUUUCAGCUUUAUUUUCACGUUAGUGUAUAUUAGAAGCGUAAAACUAAGUCCGAUGUGGAAAUGAAAUCCUUUGAGCAAUGUUUAGUGCUCCAAACUUUGUUGGUGAAAAACGAGUGUCACAGCGUCACGACGAUAAAACACAGUUACUGAGGAAUGAAAAGCUCAUUGGAUAGAUUCUUUUUUAGCAAUCAGUAGCUCGUUUACUUCUCUACAAACUUUGCUCGAGGUGCUUUUAUUAGCACUUCUAAUUUCGCAGCAAAUUAGCUUUUGAUCAGAAGAUCGUCGAAUUUAGGGCCUUUUUUGUCACAGCGUCACGCGCCGAAAAACGGUAAUAAAAACUCAAUUCUUUAACCACAUACCUUCAUUUUCAUACAAAAGUUGAGUAUGACGAGCUGCGUCGAAUGGCGCAAGAACGAAGUUUCUAACUUUCACACUUUUUGAAAAGCUCAAGUUAGUGUGUCAAAAAUGUCACAGCAUCACGCUUGGACAAGCCGCUAUGCUCAAUCCACUUUUGAGAUUACCAGACAUCGGAGUCGCCUGACAGGAGUGCCUUCAGAGAAAUUCUGUCUUGUCCGAUUGAUGAUAGACGGAGGUCUCGCACUUGUGUGGAUGUGGAGCAUAGAUGUCAGUGUAUGUCUCCAUAUUUUGAACUAUAGGUUGAUAUGGAAACCUAAGAAAGGGCAGCGUCCUCUACGAAAGACCCAUCAGAUACACCACCUGCAGACAAGAUUUGGACGCGCUCUUUUUACCAAUAUAUUUCUCCCAGUGUCUUCUUAUAAACUGGCGAAAACCGCAUCUCUUUAUCGUUUUGUAUCAAACGUCAUUCUGAGAAGAGUUUUCUGAACUGUAUCUUUUAAUGGAUAACAGUUAGUAAAAGUUAAAAAGACAGCUUUAUAAAACUACCAAAAUCUUUUUAUUAACUUUACUAUUUUAGCAAAAGUUUAGUAAAAUUCGCUUUUCUGCGGAUUUAUGGAAAGGGAUAUUUUUAAAAUGGCUUAAAAUACUGAACGGUUUUCUUGAUUUCUAGAUGAAUACAUAACCAAAUAAUCAUAUGGGAAAGAGCUUUUAAACUAUCAUAGGAAUAAAUUGUAACUAAAGGAUAGAAGAAGUGAUGUCACGACAGAAAGAUGUAUCUGGUACUGAAGCGUUGGAAUAUAAUAAUGACACGAUGCCGUACGUAUUUCUGCUGUGGAUGAUCACAAGUAGAUAGACGAUGUUUGUAUUGUAGGCUCAUAGAGAAAACGGCAUUGGAAAAGGAAAAAUCAAGCAGUCGUAAUCUGUUCACAAUUGUUUGUAUAGAUCUAGUCUUAGUUGAAUGGGCCUGGUUUAUUCUAGUGUUUAGGCUAAAUAUUUUGAUAAAUGGGACACAGUUUUGACGUUUUGUGGCGCAACAGCUUGUUGGACAAUGGGGACGAUUGGCAGUUCGAUGUCAUUAUUAUUGUUUGUUCUACUUAGUGAACAUAUGAAUGAUGUACAUGACAAUUACCGAAAUGUUAGAGAAAUAUGUGUUCGAAUAAACAGUAUUGAUAAUGCUGACGAUAAAAGCGGUUACCAACAGCUGCAGCGAUAUAAAAAUGUUAAUAUAUUACAUUUAAAUAGAAAUUGCUUAUCUUUAGCACAUGUGAUUUAUUUGGAUUAUCUCAUUACGUGGUCUAAUGUAAAGAAAAUAAUGUUUGAUGCUUCAAUUCCAUCAAAUGUAUUAUUAGAGAGUAUGAAACGAGUAAUGAAUACAAUAAAAUCAAUGCAAUUGGAUGUUCAGAAUUUAAUUGAAUUAUUUGACAACAAAGAAAUUAAAUUGGACAUGGUCGAGAAUAUUAUCAUAACACGAAAUGAUGAUGUUUCUCAUCCCAUUACUUUUAAGUUUAUUCAACAACUACGUGAUCUAUUGCCAAAAUUAAAACACCUUCGCAUCCAUAGAAUUCAAAGUAAUGAUGAAGCAUUGCUAAUUAUUUCUUCAUUUCACCAACAAUUGACAUACAUACAGUUGAAAUCAUGGUUUGAACUAUUUACCAAGGAUUUCUUAGUUAAUCUAGAAGAAAAUAAUCUACCCUGCCAUACUCACAAUAACGGUAUGGUUUUGUCUGUUUGGUGUGGUUAA